AUACGUGUAUCAGUUAGAAGAUUGAUCUCUCGACCAUCGGACACGAUCGUCUACAAUCAUCGCAGUCCGAGAUGGUUUCUUCAGUCGUGCUGUUUUUGUUGAUACUGAGAAUCGCUUUCGCCCGAAGUGAACUCAAUGACACUUGUAUAACAACGAAUAACCGAGUUGGACGGUGUGUAACUGCUAAAGAUUGUCAAUUUGCCCUAGAUAUUCUACGGUCGAAACAUAAUACUCCUGAACAAUACUACUUCAUAGAACACAACAAAUGUGGUCAGGUGUCUGAUGGUGCUAAUCCACCUAAGUCAUUGGUAUGCUGCCCGAUCAUACAAAAUGUGGCAGGAUGUGGAGUUUCAAAACUCGCAAACCGUAUAUUCGGAGGCGAAGAAACGGGAGUUGGUUUGUACCCCUGGGCAGGUGUCAUUCAAUAUCGAGUCAGCAAAAGGAGAUUUUCUGUAUACUGUGGAGCAUCCCUGGUGCAUCAUCAAUGGGCGUUAACAGCGGCACACUGUAUCAUCAGCAUCCCGAGGUCUUGGUCAAUCCACCGUAUUAGAUUUAACGAAUGGGAUACUACAAAAAAGGCAAAUUGUACCAUCAAAAAUGAUGUUGAAAUAUGCCGAGCAGUGUACGAAAUAGAGGAAGCUUUUUCUCAUCCUAUGUAUCAGGUACAUAAUCCAAACAUGAGGCACGACAUUGGGCUGCUGAAAACGAAAACAAUCGUCAACAUCAAUGAUUUUGUGAUACCAAUUUGCUUGCCAUUUAGUGAAGAGGUCAGACAGCUGCCGAUUGAUCAGGAGGAGUUCGUCGUCACCGGCUGGGGACAAACAGAUCGAGCAACACCCGGAAUACAAAGACAUGUUAUGUUGAUCGGUCAAAAGAAAAGUGUUUGCGAUGAAGCAUUUGAAUCGCAGCGUAUAGUACUGUCUCAGGAUCAGCUAUGCAUCGGAGGAUCUGGAGGUCAAGAUUCCUGUCGCGGCGAUUCCGGUGGACCGUUAACACGGGAAUAUGGACUCGUAAACUAUCUCGUUGGAGUUGUUAGCUUUGGAGCGUACAAAUGUGGCACCAGCAACCAUCCCGGCGUUUAUACCAAUGUGGGUAACUAUCUGGACUGGAUAGAGGAAACUAUGAUAACAAACUCUGUAUAGGGUAGAAAUAGAGAUGUUUGAAAAUUAAAUAUAUUGGUUUGUUCAGAGAACAUUCGAUAGCAA